AUGAAGGGGCAGGAGUCGGAGACAAGGCUGGAGGAGGAGUCUGGCGUCUCCUGGAGCGGGCCAGACGAGCUGGAGCUGCUGCUGCGGGACAGGCAGAGGUGCGUGCGGGCUCGGCGCAGCCUCACCGAGGGCCUGUCCUGGGGCCCGUUCCGCGGGGACGUCCAGAGCAGAGCCUCGUCCCCUGGGCAGGUGGAACCGGGCCCCGCCCUGACGCUGCUGCUGGAGGACCAGCCCUGCUGGCUGACGUCGCUGCCACAGGCCCUGACCGAGGCCGAAGCCAACGCGGAGAUCUACCGGAAGGAUGAAGCCCUCUGGUGCAGACUCACCAAGCCGGUGCCCGCGGGCGGCCUGCUGAGCGUGCUGCUCACGACGGCUGAGCCCCGGGGCACCCCCAGCCACCCUGUGAAGGAGGAGCCGGCAGAGCCCGAGUGCCCGGCCCCUGCCGACAUCCAGCUCCUGCCCCAGCAGGCCGGCAUGGCGUCCAUCCUGGCCACAGCGGUCAUCAACAAAGACGUCUUCCCCUGCAAAGACUGUGGAAUCUGGUACCGCAGCGAGAGAAACCUGCAAGCCCACCUGCUCUACUACUGCGCCAGCCGCCAGACCACCGGCUCCACGGCCGCCGCCGACAACAAGCCCAAGGAGACCUACCCCCACGAGCGCGUCUGCCCCUUUCCCCAGUGCCGCAAGAGCUGUCCCAGCGCCAGCUCCCUGGAGAUCCACAUGCGCAGCCACAGCGGAGAACGCCCCUUCGUAUGUCUGAUCUGCCUGUCGGCCUUUACCACCAAGGCCAACUGUGAGCGGCACCUGAAGGUGCACACAGACACGCUGAGCGGUGUCUGCCACAGCUGUGGCUUCAUCUCCACCACAAGGGACAUCCUCUACAGCCACCUGGUGACCAACCACAUGGUCUGCCAACCGGGCUCCAAGGCUGAGAUCUACUCACCAGGGGCCGGGCACCCCGCUGCCAAGCUCCCCCCAGACAGCCUGGCCAGCUUCCAGCAGCACACGGCCCUGCACGGCCCCCUGGCUUCUGCUGACCUGGGCCUGGCGCCCAUCCCAUCGCCAGGACUGGACAGGAAGGCCCUGGCAGAGACCACCAAUGGAGAGGCCAGAGCCGCCCCCCAGAACGGGGGCAGCAACGAGCCCCCGGCAGCGCCCCGGGCCAUCAAGACGGAGGCCACAACGGAGGAGCCGGAGGCGGAGCCAGGGCCCACGGCCGCAUCGCGGUCACCCUCACCGCCCAGCCCCGCUCCGGCCAGGGUGAAGGCCGAGCUGUCCAGCCCCACGCCCGGCUCCAGCCCUGGCCCCAGCGAGCUGGGGCUGGCGGCCGGCGCGCUCUUCCUGCCGCAGUUCCCCGCCGCGCCCCCGGCCUCAGAGAUCCUGGCCAAAAUGUCCGAGCUCGUGCACAGCCGGCUACAGGCGGGAGCGGGGGCGCAGGCCGGUCUCUUCGCGGGGGCCCCCAAGGGCGCCACGUGCUUCGAGUGCGACAUCACCUUCAACAACGUCAACAACUUCUACGUGCACAAGCGCCUCUACUGCUCCGGCCGCCGCCCGCCCGACGACGCGCCCCCCGCGCGCAGGGCCAAGGUGCCCCAGACCCCCGCACGCGCGCCCCCCGGCCCACCGCCCCCAGAGGCCGAUACGAGGCACGCGUCGCCAGGCUCCGGGACGCGCGAGGACGAGGCGGGGGGCGCAGCCACCCCCGAGGCCGAGCCCGAGGCCGAGGGGGGCGGCCAGGGCCGCGAAGGCAGUCCAGGGAGCCCGAGCCCGGGCAGCGGGGCGGACGAGGACGACGACCCCCGCCGGACGCUGUGCGAGGCCUGCAACAUCCGCUUCAGCCGCCACGAGACCUACACGGUGCACAAGCGCUACUACUGCGCCUCGCGUCACGACCCGCCGCCGCGCCGGCCCACGCCCGCCGGGACCCCCGGGACCCCCGCGCCGGGCGUCCAGACCCCCGGCAAGGGGGCGCCCGCGGGCAGCCAGCGGUACUGCCGUCUGUGCAACAUCAAGUUCAGCAGCCUGUCCACCUUCAUCGCCCACAAGAAGUAUUACUGCUCCUCGCACGCGGCCGAGCACGUCAAGUGA